AGUGGUUGUGAAAAUUCUCGGUAGUGAUGGCACUUUUCAACGUCCAUCCGGUAAAGACCAGGAGGAGUUUAUUCACCUGUGUGCACUCGAUCGAAUAUCAGUUAGUUUCCGAAUAGUUGGCGAGGCGAACGUUUUUCAAAAUGGGAACCGUGCUUUUGAUUCUGUGCGUUGCGAUUUCGAUUCAAAUUACAGCGACGAAAUGUGACAAUGUUGCGCUCAGGAUUGUGGCCGACGGUACCGCGAACUUUGCUCAUAAUUUCACAAAGGUCAUAGCCAACCAAAAUUCUGGUAAUUUCGUCGUCUCUCCCUUGAGCGCUCAAAUCGCACUAGCCAUGGCUGCCUACGGAGCCGGAGGAACAACCGCGAGACAAAUGCGUACGGCUCUUUUUCUCCCCGAAAACAACGAGCUGGGACAAUCCGGGUACAAGUCCAUCAUCGAAAUGUUGAAGGAUGUAAAAGGAGUUGAACUAAGUUUGUCGAGUACCUUGUUCACCUCGUCUCAAUUUCAAGUAAAAUCUGCCUACAAGAAAUUCACCGACGCGAAAUUUUUAUCGCCAUCCCAAGAGGUUGACUUUGGCGACCUUCCAGCCGCCGCUGACGCCAUAAACGCUUGGUGUGAACAGAAAACAAACAAUCGUAUCAAGGACGUGAUAGUAGCAGACGAUCUCAACCCGUUCACACGAAUGGUUCUCGUUAGUGCGGUUCAUUUCAAGGGCGGAUGGCGCAGGGAAUUUGAUUCAUCCGAAACCCAGGAGAGACCUUUUCACGUUGAUGAAAAUACCACGAAAAACGUACCCACGAUGUCCGUGCAGCAUUUCAUUAGGAACGGGCAGCUGCCCGAAAUCAGCGCAACAUUUAUCGAGUUGCGAUUUUGGGGCGAUGAUAUGAGCAUGAUAAUCAUUUUACCAAAUGAAAUCACCGGAUUGAGAACAGUUACCGAUAAUAUGCAUAAAGUCAACCUUAGUCAGAAAUUGGACGAAGCAUACUACGAUAACGCCAGACUAUUUUUACCGUCUUUUGCAAUCGAAACAACGUUGGAUCUCCAAAAACCACUACAGGAGUUGGGGAUAACAAAAAUGUUCAGAGACGGUGCGGAGUUCUCCGGAAUAUCCGAUAUCCCUCUCAAAGUCGGCAGAUUUGUUCAGAAGGCGUUCAUCAAGGUCGAAGAAGAGGGUGGCGAAGCAGUCGACGACACGAUGAUUCACGACGUACCGGCAAACCUGCGUGUUUGGAUGCAGCCCGCGAAAUUAUUGUCGGUCGAUCGGCCCUUCUAUUUCGUGAUUUAUCAUCUUGGAGCGAAAGCGAUUCUGUUCAGUGGAGUAGUUUGUGAACCCAAAUCGAUCGACUUCAAAAUGAAGACCCUGUUGGCAUUAUUCCUCACAGCGUUUUUACUCUGUUCUCCAAUCAAUGCCGAAGAAGACGACGAUGUUGCGUUCAGGACGGUCGCCGACAGUGCCGAAACCUUCAGUCAUUCAUUCUUUAAGGCCGUGAUCGGUGAAAAUUCCGAUAAUUUGAUCACCUCUGGUUUGAGCGCUCUUAUUGUACUGGCGAUGGCUACUUACGGAGCUGGAGGGUCGACUGCCACUCAAUUACGCCAAGGGCUUUCCAUCCCCGAAAACGAUGAGUUGGGGAAAUCUGGCUUCGAGGCUGUACUAAAAAAAUUAAACGCGACAACUGGUGUGACGCUGAAUUUGGCGAAUAGUUUAUUCGCCGAUUCAAAAUUAGAAUUGAAAGCACCGUACAAAGAGUUGACCCGUGAUAAAUUUGGAUCGGAAAUUCAAAGUGUCGACUAUGGCAACGUUCAGGCAGCUGCAGAUACCAUAAACUCUUGGUGUGAGGCAAAAACAAACAAUCGUAUCAAGGACGUGAUUAAUCCCGAAACCCUGGAUCCGUUGACAAAAUUGGUUCUUGUCAACGCAAUAUACUUCAAAGCUGAAUGGAAAAAGAAGUUCCCGAAAUGGGGAACCAGCGAUCAAACUUUCCAUGUCGACGGUCAAACUUCGAUAGAAGUACCCACCAUGUACGUGAACAGCUAUUUCAAAGUCGGACAGAUUCCUCAACUUGACGCUAAGUUUAUCUUACUGCCGUACAAGAACAGCGCCGUGAGCUUGUUCUUAAUAGUACCGAACGAAGUAUCCGGUCUGAAAACCGUGACAGAUAAUCUUGGAACAGUAAACCUCCACCAAAUUAUCGAGCAAGGAGUUUCCGAAGACGUGAAAUUAUAUUUGCCAAAGUUUAAGAUCGAGACAACAUUAGAUCUCAGAACCCCGCUGGCAAAGUUGGGAUUGACCGAGAUGUUCGAGGACACUGCCAACUUCACCGGCAUUACUGACGUACCACUUCACGCUGGCAAAGUCGUGCAAAAGGCAUUUAUAGAUGUUAACGAAGAUGGUAGCGAAGCUGCCGCCGUUACGGUGUUCGAAGCCGUUGCGACGAGCUUAUUCAUCCCCAGCCAGCCUCCGACGGUAUUCAAGGUCGACAGGUCGUUCUUCUACGCCAUUUACCACCAUGACGCUAAAGUAACGAUUUUCAACGGAAUCGUGCGCCGACCGCAAUCGGCAUAAGUCGCCGUCUCCACGUCAUUCGAAAUGACGGGGCCAAGUGUAAUCGAAUGAAUAGAGAAAAGUACGAAUGAAUAAAUAACUCGUGCUGUUUAUAAA